ACAAUCACCGCCACUACACGGAAGUGCUUGACGUCUUUCCGGCCAAGCGGCGAGCACACACGUGUAGUGCGGUGGGAAAAAACAUGUCGAAAAAACAAAGUUCUACUUCUUUAGCGACGGAAAAGCCGGACUCGCCACCUAUCACCGGACGGACCCGUAGCGGCCGCGCUAUCCGUGCUCCACCAACACUUCAUGCCUCUGAAACUCCGGCGAAGAGUUCCAGUCGUAGGACGACCAGGAGGUCUGUUAUACCGGAGCAGAACGAGAAAGAACCGGAGGAUGAGGUGAAGCCCACGAUAGAAUGUGUAGAACCUACAUUAGUGGAGCUAAUGGAGGAGAAGCCCACGAUAGAAUGUGUAGAAACUACAUUAAUGGAGCCAAUGGAGGAGAAACCCACGAUAGAAUGUGUAGAAACUACAUUAGUGGAGCCAAUGGAGGAGAAGCCCACGAUAGAAUGUGUAGAAACUACCUUAGUGGAGGACAAGCCCACAAUAGAAUGUGUAGAACCUACCUUAGUGGAGGACAAGCCCACAAUAGAAUGUGUAGAACCUACGUUAGUGGAGCUGGUGGAGGAGAAGCCCAUGGAAGUCUGCGUGAAACCCACCCCAGCGGCGCCGUGCACAGAAGCCGCACCAGACGGCCAAGUGUCCAGGCCUUCACCGGCGGGGAGAGGGGCAUCGAUCCCGACAUCUCAGCCCAAGAAGAAGCCUCGUCUGGGGCAAAGCGAGAAGCCCAAAGCCGUCGUUAUUCCUCUGGGGAAGCCCAAAUCAGGACGAGUGUGGAAGAAUCGUAACAAACAGCGGUUCUCAGCGGUGGUCAGAGACUCGUCACUGUGCUCGUCCUGGGAGAAGAAGAUGGCGGCCAAGCGAGAGAAGCAGCUGGUGAAGCAAUAUUCUUUGCAGCUGAAAGAGCAGAAAGCCAAACAGAAGGAGGACAAGAGGAAACGCAGAGAGGACAACUUGAAACGACGCGAGGAGAACGAGCGCAAAGCGGAGAUCGUGCAAGUGAUACGGAACACGGCGAAGAUCAAGCGGAUGAAGAAGAAGCACCUGAGGAAGAUCGAGAAGCGGGACACGCUCGCUCUAAUGGAGAACAACAAAGACAAGAACAAGGUCAAAAGCAAACCGGCAAAGAAAAACCAGACUGAAAAGUCGACCUGAGGACUGACGUACACACACACAAAAUUCAUUAUUAUUGAAAAAAUAA